UUGAUCGCUGAAAACCACAAUGGCUAUCAAGAAGAGUAAAACGGUGGCUCUUGAAGGACGCAGUGAUUUGACUUCAUUGUUUUCUAUGAUUGGAAGGUAUGCUCCGGCAGCGGCUUUGACUGUUUUUGCCAUGUUGUCCUUAUGGGCUGUAUUCAUCAUAUACAGAACCGUAAGCAGUAGAAGAAGGAAGGCUGGUAGCAUCGUGCUUGUAACUGAGAAAGACGCAGUAAGCCCAGAAGGGAUAACACCGAUAGAAGAGGAAACCGAGUCGAGUGUGGAGUCAACAGAGCCCAGUGAUGAGGGGCUGCCAGAGAUGAUGUGUAGCAAAAGUGAAAGCAAUCUUAUGGAGACCAAUAGGAGUAGUGAAGCCUCUGAAGAUGAUGAUGCUGAUUGGCUGCCCCUUGAAGAGAACGAUCCUGGCUUUUUACCUGAACACAACACCAAACCACCAGAGAAGUGUCCUAGACCUAACCAGGCUAUCCAUAGCUCAGACCAACAGGAGCCAGCCAGUGACUGUUCCUUAAGUGGCAAGACCAAUGAAACUGGACAUCUAUCCAGGAUGGAAGUGCAGUGUCAAUCUCGGCACAGUCUGAAGGAGUUUAGCCUGUGUUGGCAUUGUGAAAGUACUGACACAGAGGAGCCAGGAAUACACCAUCCCCAUGCUUUAGACAAAGGAGAGCCAGAGGAAGGACCAGAACACGCUGAUCAUCUCCCAGAGCUGGAGAAUGGACACGGUGAUCUCGAAGGACUUCUACAUGGCCAGGUGUAUGUGAAGCAGGAAGUGGAGAUCUCCAGUCAUGAGUUGACGACAAAGGAGAAGGCCUGGAAGACUGAUGCCAUUGUGAAGGAUGGUAGUCCCCAUAUUCCACAUGUCAACAGAGACCAGCUUAUGCAUUUAUGUGUGGAAAAUGUUAAGCAACGUGAAGUGUCAGAUGGGUACCUGCCUGAGUGUGUCAACGACUCAAUAAGUCAACACAUUGAUUGGCCUGAGGUGGUGAUUGGCCCCCAAGAACCACUGGUUGACCAACCACGACUGAAGGACAAGCCACAUGAAAGUCUGGAAGAAGAUUCCAACCAGGACGGUGUUCAUGUCAAUGUGAUCGAUCAGCUGAACCAGCUCUUGGAAGAAAGUGAUAGAAAUCGUCUUGUUCAGUUGAGUGCGCCAACGGAGGCUCAUAACUGUCUUAUUGAUGAAAUGGGUGAGCAGAUAUUUGAGCCUAGAGUGACCGGUUUUAACAAUGCAGAGAGUGAGCUGACAGAGGCUCGAGUUACAGUUACCAGUAUGGUUGAUCAAUUGAUGGAACCAACAAGGGGGAGAAAUCCCCUAGUGGUGUUUGAGAAAGAGACGGUUAAGAGCUUGGAUACAGAGGAAGAGGUAUGUUAUGACAAGACUGAGAUCAACAUCAUGGAGGCCACAAUGGAUAACAAUGAAUGGAUGACUGUCGACAUCACAGAGGAGACCGUGAGGAUGGUCCCUUUAAGGACCAACUCAUCCUUGGCAGCCCUCGCUGCGAGGAAAUGCCGUCAAGGAGAUGAACAGGACACCGAUAAUAUGCCAGUGGAUACGAAUGACCCGGGUUUAACUGAUGGAGACGAGGGGAAUAAGAAGGUUCUGGUCGUUCAGCCCCUCCCCCAAACGAUCCACGUGCGCUUCAGUGUGCACUACCUCACCACAUCCCCCUGCCAAGUCCUGGCCGUGACGGGUGACCAGAAGGAGCUAGGGAGCUGGAAGAGCUAUGUUCCGCUGGAGAGGGCCAAGGAUGGGUUCUGGGCCAACUCAGUCAGCCUGCCUGCGGACAGCCACGUGGAGUGGAAGUUCGUCCUUGUGGAGGAGGGUUGGGUCAAACGAUGGGAAGAAUGCAGCAAUCGCCACCUGGAGACGGGCCAUGGUCAAGACGUUCAUGUUCGCAAGUGGUGGGGCAACCUCUGAGGAAAAGACAGGGAUGUAAAAUGUAAUAACCCAGUUAAAUUAUUUCCUUCCUAUUGAAAGUGGUUAAAACUCAGUUUAAUUUGUUUUAGCAGCCUAGUUUACAUACAUAAAUGUCCUUUUUAAAUGAUGCAAGGGUUUACAUCAGUGCAACUUUCAAGGACAAUUUAAAUCAUAUUUUUAUACAGAAAGGUUUCCUAAUUCUAUGCCUUUACUUGGGGAUAACCAUGCUUUAGCAAUAAUACAAAUAUAUGCAGUUAGCACCUCAAUGUCAGUUACUGCUUGUGGAGUUGAGUACAGUACAAAGCUUGAAUUAAACUCCUGUACAGCAGUCAAUAAUGCACAAGAGGCACUUUAGAAAAUUGCAAUAAUAAUCCCACCUAUAAUUACUAUGAGGGGAGUAACGGGUAUAUCCGUUUUUUACUAUUAAACUACGAUGUGUGUGACACUUCACAAAAUCAGCGUUUUGAUUCUUGUUUUUUCAAGUUCUUUUUAUUUGAAUUAUUGUUCUGUCCUUGCAGGUUUGAUUGUGGUGCCUACACCUUGGUGUUAAAGUUCUUGCUGUUUGUCUUUUGCCACUUGAUUUUUUUUUUUUUUUUUUU